AAGACGUAGCCGUGUGUCGUAUAGCGCCGCCCUUCAGGCCGUGUUGCCCAACUGCAGCAGAAGCAGAAGUGAUGGAUAGCGGGUUCGUUUUAUCCCUACACAAACCCUAUACUCACCCCUCUAAUACUUCUCAAGCCUUUCACAUUUAAAGUGAAUCUCUGUUAGCGGAGCAUGUGUGUGUGUUCCGGAGCAGCUGGGAGGAGAUGACCGAGUCUGUCCCUCCCGUGCUGCGUUCAUCAUCAUGGGGCCUGAUGUGCCGCUGCUCAAUGAUUACAAGCAGGAGUUCUUUUGGAAGCGUUUCCCGCAGACUGUCUUGGGGGGGCCGCGGCUGAAACUCAGCUACUGUGCCCCGGCGUAUGUUUAUCUGCACCAGCUGGUGUUAUUUCUGACACCAUGGCUGUUGGGAGGCAUCGGGACCCUCCUGUACCAGCUGAGGGUGCUGGAUGAAGCCUUUGCAGGUGUUGUUUCCGGUGUGCUGAUGCUGGGUGUUGGUGCCACCCUUCAGGGACUGGCACAGUGUAUGGCACACAGGAGCGGAGUGGUACAAAGGCUGCCUGCUGCCAAUAACAUCCUUGCAGAUGAGGAGGAGGUGGAGUUUACUCACUGUGUGGCUCCUGAGACGGUACAUUUUGUGGUGCCUGGGAAGAAGUUUAUGGGUAAUGUAGUUUUGCACACGUUUCUUGCUGGAGCACUAUGUGGAUUGUCCACAUGGUACCUGCUGCCAGACAGACUCAGCGGCCUGUAUGAUAACACGGGUGCAGGACUGGGAGCUGUCGUGCCUUUGUUUGCGAGCUGGGUGACUGUCUGUAUUGGGGAGUAUUCGCUCAUAGUCAGCACGGCUACAGAAACAGCCACAUUUCAGCCGCAGGACACAUACGAGAUCACGCCGCUCACCAGACCACUCUACAUACUCUCCUUCAUUACCGUGGACCUGGCACAAUUCACCACUACACCCUGUUAUGAGGAUUGUAUGAGUAGCUUCUUCAUUCCCUCCUCAUUGGUUGUGGUUCUGUUCACUGUUGCAAUGGGUUACCUCCUCAGCCAGGACCUGACCCAGCUGCUGGUGCUGGUGAAGGGCACAUCUCCGACCUUGGGUCUGGGCUGGUGGGGACUUCCUCUUUCCCUGAUGUUCAUUAUAGGAGCUUUGACUGAGGCUGGACUCCUUCAUCAGCUUUACCUCAUCAACUCAGGGAAUCUAACAUCUGUAGAGCGCUUGGAGUCUUCUGUUGUACCCCCAAGCCCACAGGAGGUGGUCGGCUGGAUCCUUAUCGCUCUGUUUCUUCUCACUCAUCUGCUGAGAGAGCUCCAGGGGGCAUGCGUGUUAGGAGGUGCCAUGCUCAACCCACUGUACCCCAAACGGGUCACGACUGCCCAGGCUUUCAGGCAGAAGACCCGAGGUCUGCGUGUCGCAGGGAUCAUCCGGAGGAUCCUAUUGAACCUCGGUGAGGAGAUGCUUGCACUGUACCAUCCAAACAAACAAACCUUAUAUGGAUUUUCUCUCGCCAUUGGUUUCACAUGGGCAUUCAGGAUGGUGUGGCAGAGCUCUGAGGCUGCUUUGCUAGAGAUGGUGUUGGUGGUGGUCAUCAGACUUGCAGGGGGGCACAGAGUCGCACGCUGGAAUGAGUUGGGCACUACAGUGCACCUGAUACUGGUCUCUCUAGUUGUGAACCGUGUAUCUCAGUUUGUAAGUAAGCUGAGUUUUGCUCUCACGGUGUUGAUCACAUCCUGGACAGAGAGUAAACAGCGUCGUCAGUCAGCGGGAACUCUGCUAGCACUCAAUGCUGCUCUGUUCCCAGUUUUGCUAGGUGUUGUGGCUCUCUCUUCCCUUCUAUCUGCCCCUCUCCUUACUCUCUUCACACUACCUGUGUUCCUAGUGGGAUUCCCCAGGCCACUGCGCUCGUGGCCAGGCACCCCAGGCACCGCCUGCCCUUGCCCAGAUUCUGUAUAUUACCAGCAGCUCUGCAAAAGACUUGCAUCUGCUAUCAGACCUGCAUUUGCUAAUGGUGCAUUUGGUUCCUGUACUCCAGAGUCUCAUUACCUUGGACGCUUCCAGGGUCGUCUUCUUUGGAUCUCUGUUCUAGAAAGAGGCUACGGCUAUUGCACCGUUAACAUUAAGGGCUUGGAACUACAGGAGACAUCAUGCCACACAGUGGAGGCUCGGCGUGUGGAUGAGGUUUUUGAAGGAGCGUUUGAUCAUGUAGAACGGCCUGGCCAGUGUUUCCGAAUAUUGAACCCUCACUGGGGUAACGUUCUGACACCCUGCUCUUUGUUGCCCGUCAGGGUUUACUCUGAUGCCCAGAACGUUCUAACUGGAAUCAUUGACUCCCCUGACCACCUGCGUCAGCUCAACUCUGACUUCCUUAAAACAUUUGUCUGGAUUUUAUUGCGUUACUGUGUACAGGAAUUGACACGUGGUGCUCAGCGAACAAAAGGUCAUUCACUACAGACCUCUGGACGCAAGUCACAAAGCUCUCAGCUUGCCGUGCCCUCGGAGCAAGGUCCGGCUGUGGUUAAAGUUGCCAUGGACUCUCAUAUUCGCCCUGAGUCCUCCUCAUCCUCUCACUUGAGGGGGCAAGACAGCUCCAGCCUCUCAUCCUUUGCGGAUUGGUCCGACGAGGAUGAUCUAUUCGGUCCAGUCCCCGUACGGCGGCCAAUAAGAAUGAUGGUACGGACAGAUGAAGGACAGACCAAGUUAGGGAUGGGAGUGUCUCUUCCAGGUUCUAUAAAGGGAAAGAUAACAUCCCUUCACUCACUUCGACUACUCUUGUUAGACCAGGCAUCUCUAGGUCCGGUAGAGAGUCUGGAUGAGCUCUACACAACUUUGCAGGAUUACCAUGACAACUGGUUCACUGGCCUGGUAACAGACCGCAGUUGGCAGGACAGUGUUGCACAAGAGAAGCCCUUCCUAUUCUCUCUCGGACUCGAUCACACUAUGGGGACAUAUACGAGCUGUGUGUUGUCCCUGCAGGAGAAUCUAGUCCAGGUGGGAGUUUUGAAUGAGGAGGGUGUGAGGGGCCAGUGGGCCAACCUGUCAUGGGAGCUACUAUAUGCCACUAAUGAUGACGAGGAGCGCUACAGCAUUCAGGCACAUCCUGUGAUGCUGAGGAACCUAACUGUUCAAGCAGCUGAUCCACCUCUGGGAUACCCCAUCUAUUCAUCCCCGCCUAUCCAUUUACGCUGCUUAUGAUAAUAAGUGUUUAUGGGUGUUACCCACAACCCUUCAGAGAUCAUGACACACAGGGAUGCUACCAGCACAUGAAUUUCACAGUCAGAAUUUUUACAUUUCAUUUCAUCUUCAUUCAGGGUACGGUAAAAUAUUUCAUUGAAAGUAUGAAACAUUAAAAAUUGUUACUGUUUUAGUGACAUUUGACUUUUGAAAGAAGUAUGAAUAUAUGAAUGUCAGCAGAUAGUAAAUGUGCAAAAUCUUCUUCACACAAUAAUACUGUAAACUCGUUGAGACACAGAGCCCAGUUUAAAUUUGUUCUCUGGAAAGUGUGCUCUAUUUUCUCAACAGUGAACCCUUGGGUGUCCUUGACUGAAUCUCACCUCACACUGCUACCAUUUCACAUUUUUAAUUUUACUUUUAUUUUUGUAUUUUUCCACUUUCUUGUUAAGCCUCCGUCAAGAGUCCUAAAAAGGAGAAACAGGAAAACCGUUGUUCUUUAAAAAAAAACCUGUUUGUCAGAUAUCAAGGAUGUGCCUUGGUUACUAUAUUCAGUGGUUAUGAAUAAUAUAUAUAUAUUUUUUUGUUCAUGUGACCACCUUGUGUCAUAAAUAUGAAGGUAAAUUGGCUAUGGCACCUUUGAGCUCAGUCUUUAUAUUGUGUAACUAUGUAUAGAAGUAAUACAAAUGUUUUGUAUAAAUA